UCCUCAAUUGACACAGUUUUGGAGUUGCAUUUGUGAAGUCAUCAUGACGGUUUUGAGUGUUCCUCGUCGGAUCAACCAAACUUGGCAUUUGUGCAACAAGGUGUUUCUUCAGCCUUAUCUGAGAAUAUUUUGCACGUCUGUCCUCUCUAAUAACCCAACGCUGAAUUUUGAGAACCAUCGGGAUGUGUUCAAAUUCAAGUCGAGCUGGGAAAUCUUCCGUGCCUUGAUGGUCCUUCGGAUUUGCUCUGUGAACGUGUUCGUGGACAACAGCUUGAGGAUAAUGCGACAAGCAUCGAGCUUGAUGGGUACUCGAGGAUUAUCGAUGGUUCUAAAGCCCACGUUUUAUGGGCAAUUCGUGGGAGGAGACUCAGAAGAGGAGCUCAGGCACACCGCCCACAAACUGACCUCGGCUGGACUGCGACUCAUGGUGUGUCCAGUCCAAGAGGAGGACGCGGGCGAGGCCGACCAGCUUAAUGAAGAGAAGUACGAUCGAAACUUGGCCUACAUUAUGGAAACGGGUUCCAUCAUGGCUCGAACAGGAACGGAAAUACCGAAUUUGCAAUUCAAAGUCACGGCCUUUAUGCCUGCGGAUUUAGUGGUAAAACUCUCCGUUCUCCUAUCAAGAGGAACUUACUCAAUGGAGGCCUUAGUAUCCCGACUUUCCGCGGCAAUGAAUGUCGGAUACGAGACGGACACGCGAAAAGAGGUCAAUGACAUCACGUCGUGUGUGACUGAAGGGCAAAUAAAUGACCUCUCAGCUCAAGAGACCUCUCAACUUCGUCGGGGAUUAAUUAGGGUCAAAACAUUGGGCGUCAUGGCCCGAAAAUUGGGAUUGAACCUGCUUGUGGAUGCUGAAUACACUUACAUGAACCCGGGGAUUUCAGCCGUCGCCCUGACAAUGAUGCAGGAGUUCAAUACUACAUCAGCCAUUGUUUCAAAUACCUACCAAUGCUACUUGAAGGAUGCUUAUGAGUCCAUCCAAAAGGAUAAGUCCUUAAUCCUGACAAGGAAGGGGCACUUUGGAGCCAAAAUUGUACGAGGUGCUUACAUGGAAAAGGAGCGGAAAAUGGCCAAAGAACAAGGACGACCUUCACCCGUGUGUCAAAGUUACGAAGACACCAACACCAAGUACGACCAAGUCAUUGCCCAUAUGAUCGAGUAUAUCAGUCAAGACCCAGCUGGUUAUUUGGUGGUGGCCUCUCAUAACGAGACCAGUGUGUCUAGGGCCUCGGAAAUGAUCACCCAAAAGGGACUGAAAACAACCGGUUCCGUUGUGUUUGGACAAAUUUACGGCAUGGGCGAACAGAUUUCAAUGCCUCUGGCUAAUUCUGGCCAUAUUGUGUACAAAUCGGUGCCAUAUGGUCCCCUUCUUGAAGUCUUGCCUUACCUUUCGCGACGAGCUGCCGAGAAUCGAGUGGUUUUGUCUGGAGCCCGGAAGGAGAGAGCCCUUUUGAGUGCCGAACUCAGGCGGAGAAUGAACAUAUUGGAUUAAGAGGAGGAAGCGAAAAAAGGUUUGAAGGAGCCAUGAUGUCCAAUUCUCUCUCAGCCUUGAUGAACAAAAUAUAUGAAUUUCCUUGGCACAUGAGAUCCAUUGUUCCGUCGAGCUGUUCAAGACAAAUGGCAAUUGAUCCUUGAUUGCACCUUUUAUGUGUCCAUUAAGAGAGAAGAAUUGACGCUGUUCGUGUA